AUGGAAACCGUGAAGGAUGUUGUCGAGUGGUGCCUGUGGCACUCCCUGUUCGUGUGGAAGAUUGUGUGGUGUGUGCUGCGCAACCACUGGCCGGCCGUGUUGCUGGUGCUGAUUGGUGCGGUGGGCGGCGUGAUCACGAGACCCUUGUGGAGCAUUGCGGGGCGAUUGAUAGGGGCCGCGUUCGGCUUUGUGUUCAAGUGGCUGACCCUGCUCGACAAGGUAUGCGUAAGACGGUACCGCCGCUUCGUGAACGGUCCAUCUGUGCAAGGCAGACCGUCCGCGGAGCGUCGAUGGAAGGCGUUCGAAGCAAUCUGGGCCACGCCCAUGGUGGUGCUCGAGGCCCGAGGUGAACAUAAGGAUGGCUUAGGCCGGCUACUCAGCAAUUUCAACGAGUAG